AUGUUGAAAACCGAGUCUUCAGGUGAACGAACCACUCUCAGAAGUGCCUCUCCUCACAGGAAUGCUUACAGAACUGAGUUCCAGGCACUGAAAAGUACCUUUGACAAACCCAAGGCAGAUGGGGAACAAAAAACAAAAGAAGGUGAGGGCUCCCAGCAGAGCAGGGGGAGGAAAUAUGGCUCCAACGUCAACAGAAUUAAAAAUCUAUUCAUGCAGAUGGGUAUGGAACCCAAUGAAAAUGCUGCAGUCAUUGCCAAAACAAGGGGGAAAGGUGGACCUUCGUCUCCUCAGAGAAGAAUGAGGCCCAAAGAAUUUCUGGAAAAAACAGAUGGCUCAGUUGUUAAGUUGGAGUCCUCCGUUUCAGAACGAAUCAGUAGAUUUGACACAAUGUAUGAUGGCCCUUCAUAUUCUAAGUUCACAGAAACUCGGAAGAUGUUUGAGAGAAGUGUGCAUGAAUCAGGACAAAACAACCGCUAUUCCCCAAAGAAAGAGAAAGCUGGAGGGAGUGAACCUCAGGAUGAAUGGGGUGGCUCGAAGUCCAACAGAGGCAGUACCGAUUCCUUGGACAGCCUUAGCUCCCGGACAGAGGCUGUCUCCCCAACUGUGAGUCAACUGAGUGCAGUAUUUGAGAACACCGAUUCCCCCAGUGCCAUUGUUUCUGAGAAGGCAGAGAACAACGAAUACUCAGUGACUGGGCAUUACCCCCUGAAUCUACCAUCUGUUACUGUUACAAAUCUUGACACCUUUGGUCACCUUAAGGAUUCUAAUUCUUGGGCUCCUCCAAGCAAACACGGUGAUGAUGCAGAGGAUGCUCAGAAGGGUCAUACAACUCCAGUACCAGAAGUGGCUUUGAAAAGUACCUCUCUAGCCCCAAUGCCCAGUGAGGAGACACAGCAGAGCAAGGACGCCGAGGACUCCACAUCUAACCAAGAGACCCCUGUCGGGAUUGACAGAGACAUUCCUGAAGAACCUUGUGCUGAUAAUAAGGCAAUGCCAGAGUCUGAAAUCCCUUCACCACAAAAUGAACCUUUGGAAGACGCCGAAGCUAAUUUAGUUGGGAGUGAGGCAGCAAUGCAUCAGAAGAAAGACCUUGCAGGUGGUGAUUUUACCUCUGCUGAUGCUUCUGGAUCCAGGUGUGGAAAGGAAGUACCUGAAGAUUCAGAUCAUUUUGAGAGUUCCCAUGUUUACAUGCACAGUGACUAUAAUGUAUAUAGGGUAAGAUCCAGGUAUAAUUCAGACUGGGGAGAGACAGGCACUGAGCAGGAUGAGCAGGAAGAGAGUGAUGAAAACAAUUACUAUCAACCUGAUAUGGAAUACUCGGAAAUUGUUGGAUUGCCAGAAGAAGAAGACAUCCCAGCAAAUAGGAAAAUUAAGUUUAGUAGUGCUCCAAUUAAGGUUUUCAGCACAUACUCCAAUGAAGACUAUGACAGGAGGAACGAUGAAGUGGACCCUGUGGCUGCUUCUGCCGAGUAUGAACUUGAAAAGCGUGUAGAAAAGCUGGAACUUUUCCCAGUGGAACUAGAGAAAGAUGAGGAAGGACUUGGUAUAAGCAUUAUUGGAAUGGGUGUUGGAGCAGAUGCCGGACUUGAAAAGCUGGGAAUAUUUGUCAAGACAGUAACAGAAGGUGGUGCUGCUCAGAGGGAUGGCAGAAUACAAGUCAAUGACCAGAUUGUGGAAGUGGAUGGAAUCAGCUUGGUGGGUGUCACACAGAAUUUUGCUGCAACAGUUCUCAGAAACACCAAGGGCACUGUCAGAUUUGUUAUUGGGCGAGAAAAGCCAGGACAAGUGAGUGAGGUUGCCCAGUUGAUAAGCCAGACACUGGAACAAGAAAGGCGCCAGAGAGAGCUGCUCGAGCAGCACUAUGCCCAGUACGACGCCGACGACGAUGAGAGCACUGUGGCUGAAUUGCAAGGAGUGUCUGGCAACAGCAAUAACAAUAACAACUAUUUCCUUAAGACAGGAGAAUAUGCCACAGAUGAAGAGGAGGAUGAAGUAGGACCUGUUCUUCCUGGCGGUGACAUGGCCAUUGAAGUCUUUGAGCUACCUGAAAAUGAGGACAUGUUUUCCCCAUCGGAACUGGACACAAGCAAGCUCAGUCACAAGUUCAAAGAGUUGCAAAUCAAACAUGCAGUUACAGAAGCAGAGAUUCAAAAAUUGAAGACCAAGCUGCAAGCAGCAGAAAAUGAGAAAGUGAGGUGGGAACUAGAAAAAACCCAACUCCAACAGAACAUAGAAGAGAAUAAAGAGAGAAUGCUGAAGUUGGAGAGCUACUGGAUUGAGGCUCAGACCUUAUGCCACACAGUGAACGAGCACCUCAAGGAGACUCAGAGCCAGUAUCAGGCCUUGGAGAAGAAAUACAACAAAGCAAAGAAGUUGAUCAAGGAUUUUCAACAAAAAGAACUUGAUUUCAUCAAGAGACAGGAAGCAGAAAGAAAGAAAAUAGAAGAUUUGGAAAAAGCUCAUCUUGUGGAAGUUCAAGGUCUGCAAGUACGGAUUAGAGAUUUGGAAGCUGAGGUGUUCAGACUACUGAAGCAAAAUGGGACUCAAGUUAACAAUAACAACAACAUCUUUGAAAGAAGAACAUCUCUUGGUGACGUCUCUAAAGGAGAUACCAUGGAGAAUUUGGAUGUCAAGCAGACAUCUUGUCAAGAUGGCCUAAGUCAAGACUUGAAUGAGGCCGUCCCAGAGACAGAGCGCCUGGAUUCAAAAGCACUGAAAACCCGAGCCCAGCUCUCUGUGAAGAACAGACGCCAGAGGCCCUCUAGGACAAGACUCUAUGAUAGUGUCAGUUCAACAGAUGGGGAAGACAGUCUGGAGCGAAAGCCUUCAAACAGUUUCUAUAACCACACACACAUUACCAAAUCACUUCUGCCCAAGGGUUUGAGAACUUCUCCAGAAUCAGAUUCUGGUGCUCCAUCCCUCACUCCAGUGGCUGGCAGUGUGCCCUUCUCGUCUGACCACAUAGCUGAAUUUCAAGAGGGACCACUGUGCCUGGAAAAAGAGCAUUCCUCCCUUAUUUGGGGAGACACUUCACUCUCCUCUCCUUCAAAAUCUGAUCAUGAUAUGGAAGAAUCUCCAUGCCACCAUCAAGUCACCACCAAGAAAAUAUCACAAGAAAAAGAUGGUGCCAAAGGUCCCAAAUCACUAAGGGCAUCCAGUACACUGGUGGUACAAGGAGGAAAAAUUAAGCGCAAGUUUGUGGAUCUGGGGGCACCUUUACGAAGGAAUUCCAACAAGGGAAAGAAAUGGAAAGAAAAGGAAAAAGAAGCCAAUAGGUUUUCUCCAGGUAGCAGGAUCUUCAGAGGCAGGCUGGAACACUGGAAACCCAAGCCGUCUCCCGCAUCUCAUGCCUCCACCCGCUCGCCGUGCAUGCCUUUCUCGUGGUUUAAUGAGAGCCGAAAAGGAUCCUAUUCCUUCAGGGACCUGCCUUCACCUACAAGUCCCCUUCAGCCUUCUCCUGAAACUCUAAUUUCAGAUAAAAAGGGGUCCAAGGUAGAAAACACAUGGAUUUAAAAAGCAAACAAGAAAGCCCCAAAUCCUUCCUCCUCUCCAGUCUUUGGAAAGGAUUCUCAACUUGUGUGUUUACUCUGGACCCGAGAAACCAAUAAUUUUACCUUCAACGAUGACUUCAGUCCCAGUAGUACCAGUUCAGCAGACCUUAGUGGCCUGGGAGCCGAACCCAAAACGCCGGGGCUCUGUCAGUCCUUAGCACUGUCGUCAGAUGAGAUCCUUGAUGAUGGACAGUCUCCCAAACACAGUCAGUGUCAGAAUCGGGCCGUUCAUGAAUGGAGCGUGCAGCAGGUUUCUCACUGGCUAAUGAGCCUAAAUCUGGAGCAGUAUGUAUCUGAAUUCAGUGCCCAAAACAUCACUGGCGAGCAACUCCUGCAGUUGGAUGGAAAUAAACUUAAGGCUCUGGGAAUGACGUCAUCCCAGGACCGAGCAGUGGUCAAAAAAAAACUCAAGGAAAUGAAGGUAUCUCUAGAGAAGGCUCGGAAGGCUCAAGAGAAGAUGGAAAAACAGAGAGAAAAGCUGAGGAGGAAGGAACAAGAGCAGAUGCAGAGGAAGUCUAAAAAGACAGAAAAGAUGACCGCUGCAUCAGAGGGUGCUGGCGAACAGUAACACACACCCCCUCGCAGACAGCUCUCCCCCAUUCCCGCCCUGCUCUCCUCCCCGGGGACGAAGGAACUGAUGGCAGGGGUAACGUGCUGUAGGCCGACUGGGGAACUGCUUGUGGCAAAACUGCAUUUUCUGCAAUAAUAGAAUACACUUUUAAUUUUCACCUCCUGAAAUAAUCCCAAGCCACCUUUGUUUAUUACCAAACCAAGGAUCUCAUUUGUGAGAGAUGCAAAAUAGCUGUGUUUCUCUCUUCUCUUACUUACCAACCCCUUGUGGGGGAACCAGGGUCACCCUGCCCG